CUCACUCUAGAUGGGCCCCUUGGUUGAAAGUUCCUCUGAUCCUGUCUCUUGGAUCUCAACAAAGAACAUGCCCAAGGAAGAGAGGAGAAAAGGCAAAAGGAGAAAGAGAUCCUGGGAAGUCCGCAGCCCGGCACUGGUCAGGAAGAAGUGGCCGUGAAGGGUCCAGGGAGGUUCAGCCCGAUUCUGCAACUUCCCAGAGGGUGGAGGCAACGGCCCAGCCCGCACCCGCCCAGCAGAAGGUCGCGCGAAAAUCCGCCACUCUACCAGUUUCAACAAAGAACAUGCCCACGGAUACCCGGAUGCAGCAGGUCCACCCCCGCUUCCCCCACCGGGGACGAGACUCCUGCGCAUCCAGGACUUUGCGCAAGGCGCGUCUGCGGACGUCGGCGUCUGGAGGUUGGAGGGAGAGGUCGAGUAUCUGGUUUUUCAAGAGCCGCUUUGAAAAGCCUCUCUUCAUCUUCAGCUUCGGAAAGGAAGGCCUCUGUUCGUCCUUUCCUUUGGCCUUCGGUGUGGCGUUGGCGGCCUGUGGUGGCGCCUAGUUUCCGGGUAGGGAUCCUGAGAGACGGAGGGAAGUUUGCAGCCUCGGGCCGAGAUGUCUCAGUACGUGAACGACCUGUGGCCCGGCUCGCCGCAGGACGAGGAGUCCCCCUCGACGUCUCGGUCGGGCCGGUCCAGCCGCCUGUCCUCGGCGUCCAGGAGCCGCUCGUCUUCUGGGAGCUCUCGGUCCCGCUCCAGCGGCUCGAGCCGGGCGUCGUCGCGGAGUCGGAGCCGGCCCCGAAGGAGGAGCAGGUCCAGGUCCUGGUCCAGGCGGCGCCACCAGAGGAAGUACAGGCGCCACUCGCGCUCCUGCUCGCGCAGCCGCUCGCGCUCCCGCGGCCGCCGGUACCGGGACAGGCGCUACGGCGCGUCCAACAGAUAUCGCCGGUCGCCGUGGCGGCCUCGCUCUCGCAGCCGGUCCGGCUCGCGGGGACGCGCGUAUUACCGACGGGCCUACGCGCUGCCGCGGGGGCGGCGCUACUACGGCUUCGGCCGCACCGUGUCCCCGGAGGAACGCAGAAGAUGGAGGGGCCGCUCCCGGACCAGGUCGCGGAGCCCCACCCGUUUUCGCUUGAGUGAGAAAGAUCGAAUGGAGCUGUUAGAAAUAGCAAAAGCCAAUGCAGCAAAAGCUUUAGGGACAGCUAACUUUGACUUGCCGGCUAGUCUCAGAAAAGUUCUUGCAUCUAAAGAGACGAACCAUGGAACAGCUGUACCAAACAGUGGUGCAACGUUUGAGCUGUUGGAAAGACAAGCAGAAGAUGGAACUAAAAAUCCCAGUGAAAAGCCUUCCCAGCAAAAAAGCAUAGCUUUUAGCUCUAACAAUUCUGUAGCAAAGCCAAUGCUUCAGAAAUCCGCUAAAGCUGCUGCUGAAGAGACCUCUUCAGGAUCCCCCAAAAUAGACCAGAAAAAAAGUCCAUAUGGACUGUGGGUACCUGUCUAAAAAAAGAAAACUAAUGUAUAAGGUUGGCUGAAAUGCACUUUAUUGUAAGUGUGUGUUCCUAACAUUAUUCCAUCUCUGGGAGUCAUUUAGUGGUAAUUGUUGCAAUUACAAACAAUGACAAAGAAAUAUAUAAAUCUUUAAUAUUUAAAUAUUAACAUUUUAGAUUUCUCUUAUAGAUAAGAGAUAACACACGUGGACCAGAGGAUUCAUACAGGUGGGAGUCUUGUACAUAUACUUGUAAAUGUUUUGUAUAAUAUCGAUUACUUAUGUAAAAGCAAAAUUUAUAAGAACAGUAAUUGAUUUGUUUAUAUUUGUUAAUAAAUUUCUUGUUUAAAUUUG